AUGGCCGACGACUCUCAGCAUGAUCACACCUUCGAGUCCGCCGACGCCGGCGCGUCUGCCACCUACCCCAUGCAGUGCUCUGCUCUGAGGAAGAACGGUCACGUCGUCAUCAAGGGCCGCCCUUGCAAGAUCGUCGACAUGUCUACCUCCAAGACUGGCAAGCACGGUCACGCCAAGGUUCACUUGGUCGCCAUCGACAUCUUCACUGGCAAGAAGCUUGAGGAUCUCUGCCCCUCCACCCACAACAUGGACGUCCCCAAUGUCCAGCGCCGCGAGUACCAGCUCCUUGACAUCUCCGACGAUGGUUUCCUUUCCCUCAUGAACGACGACGGUGACACCAAGGACGACGUCCGCGUCCCCGACGGCGAGAUUGGCGACAAGAUCAACAAGCUUUUCAAGGUUGACGAGAAGGACACCAACGUUGUCAUUCUCACUGCCAUGGGUGAGGAGGCUGCCGUUGAGGCCAAGGAGGCCCCCAAGCAGGCUUAA